AUGAGCGAACCAGGCUCGCCGCCCCGAGGGCCCCCUCAAGGACCCCCACAGGGCAUGCCCAUGGGACCUCCACAACCAGGCCAGCAACCAACGCCCGAGCAAAUGCGCCAAAUUCAAAUGCAACUCGCCGCUGAAGCAGAAAAACAGGGAAUCUCGGUGCAACAACUAGUUCAGAACAUGAGGGCGCAAGCCAUGGCACAACACCAAGCACAGAUGCAAGCCCAAGCCCGAGCCCAGCAACAGCAGCAGCAGCAACAGCAACAACAACAACCAAUACAGCCCGGCCCACCAAAACCGGAAGCGCUCGCCGUGGCCAAUUGGCUCAAGUCGCAGGACAUGAAGCCGCGGACUGUUCUCCAUGACGAGAAGAGGAAGGACAUGUUCAGAGUCAAACGCGCAAUCCGUGCCUUCUCCUCCCCCGCCUACGAAAAAGCUCGCAAGAAGAACCCCCUCCUCCCAGAAGUCCACGACCGCGCCUCGGCCGAAAACACAUUCAAGCUGCUCCCGCUCUCCCUCCUCGCCCUGCGCGUCUCCAAAAUCGACGAGGACGCGCACGAAGGCCACAACCACGCCAAACCGAAGCGCAUCAAGGGCCUCUGGAACGUGAGAAUCGAGCAGCACCAGGAAGCAAACGACGACUGCUACUACAUCUGGCUGUACGAAGGAUCGCAGCUGAAGCAGAAACUGUACGCGGGCGGCGCAUUGCUCCUCGUAAUCGCCGUUGUGCUGUUCCCACUGUGGCCGCUCUUCCUGCGCCAGGGCGUGUGGUAUCUGAGCAUGGGCAUGCUGGGUCUCAUCGGGCUGUUCUUCGCCAUGGCGAUUGUCCGCCUCAUCAUCUUCCUCGUCACCAUGUUUGCCGCGCCGCCGGGCUUCUGGCUGUAUCCGAAUCUUUUCGAGGACGUCGGCUUCUUCGACUCGUUCCGUCCGCUGUGGGCAUGGCAAGAGACUCCAGAGGAUAUUCAAGCCAAAAAGGCGGCUAAGAAGGAAAGGAAGGCUGCUAAAGCGGCUGCAAAGGUCAACGGUCAGCCAAAGGGCAAGAAGGCAAUCGCUGGUGCUUCCCGUCCGUCAACGCCCGCGCAAGCACCACCUGCAAACGUCGACUCGGCGCCUCAACCAACAGGACAUGAUGCCGCGCCGGCAGGUGACCUCACUCAGCGCGCACCAAGAGCGACAGUGGAGGAGGUGGAAGAAGAGCAGUAG